AUGACUACACCGAGUCAAUUUAAUGUGGAGUAUCUCCCAACAAAGCAGGAUAUUCAUUCAGACUACGAGAAUUUGGAUGGAAGCAGUAGACUCUUGCCAGAAAUUUUGGCCACUGCUGUAUUCGAUGGAAACCGUGAGAUUCUUGGCGAGCCUACAAGUUAUGAAGAUUCAGAGAACAAAACCAGCUUGAAAAAGAAUAUCAACACUGCUUGCAAACCCGAAUGGAAGCGUCUUGAAGAUGAAAUGUUUCGUGUGUGCAGAGGGUUGGGGAUGAAUCCUAUCCACUGCAAGAGCCACAGACCAGUGUCAGAACUGAAGAAAUCUUUGGAUGCUACCAAUCCUCUGCAUUCUGCCUUUCAAAAGUUCACAUGCACUCAACGCAAUUUUGUAUCGGGUGAAUCAACAUAUGGAUUCUGUAACUCCUGUUACAAGUUGGAUAAGGACAUCCCUCUGGGAGAAAUUUGUAUGCAGCCCAUCAUCCAAUACAAAUUCAUGCAUGAUCCACCCUCUAGUGAUGAUACCAUAUGUCCAAAAAUCGAGGUUCUUGCAAUCUACUUUCAUAGAUGCCCCACUGAAGCUGCCAUGGCUCCGACUCCUAUGGUGUGGAUGACAGAGUCAUGA